GUUUUUAAUCCCCUCUCCUCUCCAUUUGCCUCCUAAAUCCAACGGUCCAUAAUUAAUCCCCCACUUUUUUCUCUCCCUCCCUUCCUCAACGCAUUUUUCUCCCCCUCCCUUCUUCAACGCAAUCAUCGCCCCCCACUUCUCCCACCCUCUCGAAACCCCCCCAAGGCUCAGAUCUAAAAUUUUCAAAAUCUACCUUCUUCUCUUCCCCUUUCACUUCUCUCUGAACUGAUUCGAAAAUCGACAAUGGCCACGACUCCUUCACCCCGUGAGGAAAAUGUCUACAUGGCAAAACUCGCGGAGCAAGCCGAACGCUACGAGGAGAUGGUUGAGUUCAUGGAGAAAGUCUCCGCUUCCGCUGACAACGAGGAACUCAGCGUCGAGGAACGAAACCUCCUUUCUGUUGCUUACAAAAACGUAAUCGGCGCACGCCGUGCUUCCUGGCGCAUCAUUUCCUCCAUUGAGCAGAAAGAGGAGAGCCGUGGUAACGAGGAUCAUGUUGCUAUGAUCCGUGAUUAUCGGGCCAAGAUCGAGUCCGAGCUCUCCUCGAUCUGUGACGGGAUCUUGAAGCUCCUUGACUCCAGGCUUAUCCCUUCGGCUUCCGCUGGAGAUUCCAAGGUCUUUUAUCUUAAGAUGAAGGGCGAUUAUCACAGGUAUUUGGCUGAGUUCAAGACUGGAGCCGAACGCAAGGAAGCUGCUGAGAGUACUCUAACUGCCUACAAAUCUGCUCAGGACAUUGCCAACGCCGAGUUGGCUCCAACUCACCCGAUCCGACUCGGGCUGGCACUCAAUUUCUCUGUUUUCUACUAUGAGAUUCUCAAUUCUCCUGAUCGCGCAUGCAAUCUCGCAAAACAGGCAUUUGAUGAAGCAAUAGCUGAGUUGGAUACUCUAGGCGAGGAAUCAUACAAAGACAGCACCCUCAUCAUGCAGCUCCUCCGUGACAAUCUCACUCUCUGGACCUCCGACAUGCAGGAUGACGGAGCUGAUGAGAUUAAAGAAGCACCGAAGCAUGAGGAAGACCAGCAACAGCAACAGCCAAAGCAGUAGUGAGAUUCUGCUUUGCUGUGCUCUCUUUCUUUCUAUUAUAACUUGCCAAUUUAGGGUUUCAAAUCAAAUGAAACUUCUUCUACCUUCUAUGUGUUUUUGAUAGGAGAAGAUUUUUCUUCUAUCACAUAUUUUAGGCAAUUCUUGUCUUUUGUUUUCUCUUAAUGCUUUUGAAUGCUCUCUAUUAUGUGCUCUUGAGCAUAAUCAUAGAGUAAAUCUUACUAAUACUGUUUUCCUUUUUUUUUUUCUGGAAUGGAAAUUAAUGAUUUGGAAGCCGAAACUUGGAUGCUAGAUCACGUCUUUAAGUUGUGGGGUCAAUUAGUGAAAAUAAGUCGUCUACUUUUGUUAAACAUUCGAUGCUUAUUAUAGUGUUACUAAUUCAAUCACUCAGAUGCUACUUUCAUGAAAGCUCUUUCCCACUUCCUGUUUCUUUUGUGACACGGUCAAAGCGAAAGAGCAUGCUUUGGAGUAUAUUUCAUAAUGCUAAGCCACAUGGAAAUAUCCACCAAUGAUGGGUUGACAUUUGGCAUCAACAUGGAAAUCUUAGAAAUUAUUUAAUUUUUUUAUUUCACAUGUGGCAUAUUUUAUUGGUUAGGUGUUGGGUGUGGUAGGUUUAAUUAAUGGUGUUAAGGUUUGUACUAACAUAGCAUAUGUUUUGA